AUGAAUUCAAAAAUUAAAGGAAUAACGGAUGAUAUAACAUCAAUUCCACCAGAAGAACAGAGAUAUUACGCAUUAAAUGCAUUUCCUAAAGUUUUGAAGAUUGGAAGAUUUAAUUUAAAUGAGGAAUUCAUAAAAGGUUUCCUAAAUGACAUAAUGGAGAAAGCAGAUAAGGAAUAUGUGGAUAGUGAGUUAAUGAAGAGGACAGAUAAGGAAUACGUGGAUGAAAAAGAUAAUGAAAUUAAAGAAAGGGUUGAAUGGUAUCAUGAAUGGACAUCAAAGAUUUUAAAAACUAAAGCCGAUACAGGAUGGGUUUCAGGAUGUUUAGACCUUAAAGCGGAUAAAACUUAUGUUAACGAUGAGUUAGGGAAGAAGGCAGAUAAGGAAUAUGUUAACGAAAUAUACCAAAGUUUGAUAGGAACAAAAAAUAUUGAAACUAUUGUUGGCGACUUUUCUGUCAAUGAAGAAAAUAAAUAUUUUAGAUGGCAGUUUGUACACUCCUUAAAAAAUGGUAUACGGUGGAAACUCAUUCCGAAAAAUAACAAUGAAAUGUAUGUAGGCUAUAUAAAGAAUGAUGGCACACAAGUUAAAGUUCCAUUAGACAACAACUGCUACUUAAACUUAUAUGGAGACGAACAAAAGAAAUAUUUAAGAGUUUAUGAAAUGGUAGAUAUGACAUUGCCUGACCCAGCUCCAGCACCAUAUUAUUAUGACUAUGGAGAUGAUGUCAGAACACCACAUGUAGAUGAACAAAAGUUAACAUUAUAUUUAGAUUAUUAUAGAUAUAAAAGAUAUAAUGCAAUAGAAAAAACGAGAAUA